AUGACGACUCAGAUAAAAAGUCGCCAAACAACAGGUCCAUGUGGGUUUCAGGCAAUUAUUCUUGCAGGAUUUGGCACAGGUUUAUAUCCAUUAACUGAAGCCAAUAAUCUUCCUAAGGCAUUGUUGCCAAUUGCAAAUAAACCAAUGAUCUGGUAUGUCUUAAAGUGGUGCGAGGAAGCAGGAUUUUUAAGUAUAAUGGUUAUUUGCCAAACUCAAGUGGAAUCAUGUCUUUCGUCAUAUUUGAAAAAUGUUUAUGAUGGAUAUAUUAGGAUCCAGGUUUAUGCUUUGAGUGGUGUAGAUGAUGUUUUGGGAACGGCAGAUCUUAUAAGAAAAGUCCAUGAUAAGAUAAAAAAUGAUUUUAUUAUAUUGAGUUGUGAUUUAAUAAUGAAUCUUCCUCCACAUGAAAUUCUGGACUUUCAUAGAAUUCAUACACCUACAGUUACAUUUUUAUUGUAUGAUAUUUCAAAGGAUGGAAGCUUUCUUAUAUCUAAAGAUUCAGAUCGGAAAAUGUUUUUUGGUAUCAAUAAGCCAGAUAAUUCAUUGGUUUUUGUAAAAUCAGCGAGUGAAAUGAAUGAAGAAUUUAUUGUUAGAAUGUCUAUGCUUUGGAAAUAUCCACGAAUUUAUGUUACGAGUACGUUGAGAGAUUCUCAUCUUUAUAUUUUUAAACGAUGGGUAUUGGAUCUUAUUGUUCAAAAUGAGCGUAUAUCUUCUAUACAAGAAGAUUUAAUUCCAUUGCUCGUUAAAUUCCAGUAUCAAUCUCUUUUAUUGAAACGAUAUAACAUUAAAGAACUUUCUUCACGUAGUUAUGGAUAUAAUCUUGUAUCUGAUACUUUGGAUGAGAAGCCUGUUAGAGUAAUUUCAUAUUUGCUUCCUGAAAAUCGAUAUUGCUUGCGUUCAAAUACGAUUCAGGCAUAUACAGAUCUUAACAGAAAUUUAUCAAAAAUAUCUAUAGAACCUCGAGUAUGUAUAACUGCAAAAAUGGCCCAAAAAGUCAUUAUUGGGGCGGAUUCUUUAGUUGGAGAAAAUACGAAAAUUGAUGAGCGAUGUAAUGUAAAAAAAAGUGUUAUUGGCCCCAAUUGUAUUUUAGGAAAGUCCGUGACUGUGGUUAAUAGUAUUAUUAUGAAUAAUGUUAAGAUUGAAGAUGGUGUAAGGUUAGAUGGGUGCAUAGUUUGUGUUAAUAGUGUUAUUGGUUCAAAAAGUAAACUAAAAAAUUGUUGCAUAAGUGGAGGUUAUGAAGUUCCUUCUGGAACAUGUGCUAGAAGCGAUAAUUUAAUCGUUUUUGAUGGUAUAUAA